AAUGGAAAAUAGAUGGUUUAAUGGUCAACUAGGGAUGCAACCUGACAAUCAGCAGCAUGACAAUGAGGCAGAUGAGGCUUCUAUCCUUGAGGAUCUCACAGAGGACUUUCGCCUACCAAUUAGUCACAGACCAACAGAAAAUGUCGAUCUAGAAAAUGUUGAACAAGCACCAUUAGACAAACAGUUAACAUCAUCCAAUGUCGGAUUCAGGCUUCUUCAGAAAAUGGGGUGGAAAGGAAAGGGCCUUGGAAAAAAUGAGCAAGGUAUAAUUGUUCACAGGAUGAUCUGGAAAGCAUUGAUAUCUUUAUGCACAUAUUUGAUUCCCUCCUUUAUCUUGGCAUCAUCGAGCCAAUAAAGUCCGGGAUACGAGAUGCAAAAUUAGGGCUUGGAAAGCAAGAGGAAGAUGAUUAUUUUACAUAAGAAGAAAACAUCCAGCGAAAAAAGCUUGAUAUUGAGUUUGAGGAGACUGAAGAACUUGCAAAGAAACGGGAGGUAUGGAUUUACAUCUUUAAGGGUAACUAUGU